CCCUUGCCCUAUUAUAGUUACGCCCCUGCUUCAGGCUCAUCACAAUACGAAACAGAGGGAAGACAAGAAUUACUGCAGAAUUUCACGUUCAUCUACCAAAAUGAAAUUCCUGAUUCUUCUUGCCUGCAUUCUGAGCAUAGCAGUUGCUAGCCCAGUCCGUCGGUCAGCAAGUUCCAGUGAAGAGCGGCGUCCUGCCUUCAUGAUGCCUCCACCUCAGCUACAACCUCAACCUGGAGCAUUCCAACCUGCAGCAGCCCUACCUCCGGGUUACCCUCAGGGUAUGCCUAUCUAUGUUUACUAUGAUCCAGCUCAGGGCAUUCCUCCAGUUGGCCCAGCAGCAGUGAACCCCAUGAUUCCUGGUGUCCAACCUUUUCUUCCUUAUCCUGCAUAUCCUGGAUUUCCUAUGUUCCCACCUGCUGUAGGGGUGACACCAAGGAUGUAAAAGACGUCUCCUGAGCUGGUCUAUCUGCUUUUAAUUUUCCUGCUGCAGUCUUCGAACCAUGUUUUAAUGCAUCUCAAAUGGCAAUUAUUUACCCUAAAAAGCCAGAAGUAAAAGUGAUCUUUUCUUUCUUUUUCUUUUUACAUUGUACACCUUUUACCUUGUGAAUAUAUGUACAGGCAUCAGUUUCUAAACGUAAGCAUGUCUGUUUACACUGGGUAAACAAACCACAUUGGCACCUCUUUUUAAUGUUGCCUCUUAAACAAACAAAACCUGUAUUAACAAUGAAUUGAACUUUAACUAACAUCACAGCAUAGAAGACAGAUCGUUAACUUUAUAAUGUUGUAUCAAAGAACAAGUAGAUGUAAGCAUGGAAGGUUUGAUGUACCCAACUAUAUUUGUUUGGAAUGCCUAAUGAUGCCAUGCCUUUUGUUUCUUGCUUGGAAAGUAGUAUAUUUCUCCCUUUUAAAAAUUGCAUAAAUAAAAAUAAAAUUAAAAUCA